AUGAAUGCUCUACAGCUACGCGCGAUCCCUCGCAUCUCGCCCGCACCCCUUGGCCUCCGCCCCUCCGCCCCCACUCAGAUCACCCGGCUUUACGCCACGCAGAGCGGCUUAGGCACUGGCCAGAGUCCUUUGUCGCCCAGAAAAAAGAGCGUUACAGUUUUGUCAGAUGAUGGAAGAGUUCAGUGGGGCGACCUGAGCCGUGGUGAGAAGGUUGCGCGAACAACACAGCAAUCCUUCAACUUCGUUCUCGUGCUAGCCGGAGCAGUACUCACGGGCGGAGUCUUCACACUUUUCUAUCUCGAGGUUCUCUCGCCCAACAGUCGAACAUGGCAAUUCGAGAGAGCUGUGUCGCGCAUUAAAGAUGACCCCGAGUGCAUUAAGCUACUCGGUGAUCGGCGAGAGAUUCAAGCAUACGGCGAGAACACCCGGAGCAGGUGGGCUCGCAACAGACCCAUUGCAUCCCGGACCGAAAAAGAUCGAUUGGGCCGCGAGCACCUUCACUUGCACUUCCACGUCGAGGGUCCUCUCAACUCCGGCGUGGUCGUUGUGCACAUGAUGAAGCCUCUGGACUCGAGCAAUCUUGAGUACCAGCUUCUCGCAUUGGAUGUCAAGGGUCACUCCCGUGUCAUCCUUGAAAAGGCAUCAGAGAAGCCUAACGUCACCAGUGCCUUGAAGCUCUUUGGUAUCCAAUGGCGCUGA